AUCUGGGAUCGCCCAGUUGACGCUCUUCCUGAUAUUUCAAAUUGGCCCACCUGGGGUACUCUGCGUGAGCAAAUACUUAUGCGAGCUGCGCAUAUUAAAGUAACACACACCUCUUCACUUGACAACGCCUUUGCGGCAGAGGUUUUAAAAAUGUCACCCCCUGACUUGAAGUUUAUUCAAUUUAGUGGCUGUCAUCGGCUUUCACAGUUCAUCAGCUCACCUGCAACGUGUUGUCCUGUUUUGCUGAGGGUGGAACUUUCCAGUUGUGCUUCCUUACAAUUUGUCCUCAUCCAGUCCUUGACCGUUCGUUUCAUCGAUCUGUCAUGUUGCCUGAAUCUUGUCAAAGUGCUCCUCCAGUGUAAAAACCUUGAAACUCUGAAGCUGGACAGCUGUUUUUCUCUGCAUACCCUCGGGAUCCGGUCAGAUACUCUGAGCGAGUUAGAUUUGUCUGCAUGCGGGAAAAUUUGCAGUAUGGAUUUACGGUGUCGAAAUCUUUGUGUUGACAACGUUCUCAUGAACGGUAGCUCUCAUCCGUCUCAAAGAGAUACGAAGCAAAAAAGCAUGGUUGCUGGAAUGAAGCUGAAGGAUUUGAUGCAGUUGAAACUUUAAAUGUAAUGUUUGGCACAGUCAGCAACAAUUUUGAAGACUUAAGUUACACUUCAGCAAAUUUCUGGUUGUUUGUUCACUUUUAUUGAAGCUUAAAGCGAAUCGAAAG